AGCGGGCGCUUCCGAGACACGGAGAGGUUUUUUUUUGGGUGAGUGACUACUAGUUGAUAUUUAUCUUUGUAUAAUGUAUGGACUGUUCUAGCCCCUUGAUCUGUGCCAUGGCCAUGUCGUCACGCACGGCAAAAAGCCCAGCCCGGUCUAGAUGCGCAAGAUUUGUGAGACCACGCUGCGCUCGUCGUCACAACCCAAUCGCCCCUCCCUUGAGAGAGUAUCACGUCGCCUUUGCCGAUGACUGCACGAUGGCGCCCGAAGCCAGAGGACCACCAACCAAGCGGUGCACAAUGGCCACAGCCGACGGCGGACAGCUAAAAGCCAGCAAACAAAUGGAACGAGCGAGAAAGAACGAGUCGGCGGUCCGUUGCCGUGAACACACGCCCAGGCCUGGCAAUUGGUCGGCCUGAAACGAAACACCUGCGAGCUCUUGCUUUUCUCUCCCUCCGGCUGCAGAGCGCCUGACACUUUGGACAAAGACAUGGCACGGUAGGCAUGGCCGGAGCGUUGGGAAUUUCGAAUGCGCGGGAUCCCAACCCAUGUCGCACCAACACGCCACGCGCAGCUCGGAGAGGCCUUCGAUAUCUGAGAAGUGAUAGAACUCAUGGUUCGCCCAUCCCCCUUGGCCAGUGUGUAGGAUGGAAGAGGCUCAAGCGUGUACGAGGGGAAUCAGUUGCCAUGAGAGAAAAAAAACUAUCAUGCCCUUCGUCCAAAAACGGGCCGGUAUAAGGUUCCACGAUACCGCUCCAUGUUGAGCAAGAGGCAGAACCUAGCACAAGAUCUCAAGCAUCAAUAAGACCUUGAUUAAAGGCCGACUGGAGUGGCUUCUUUCCUUCUAAAGACAACCUCUCACAUCACCAGCUCCUCAUAGCCCCGGAGGCCAAGCAAACUUAUUUACUGCCAUUCGGACUGAGAGAUAUAGGACAGGUCCCGCGACCAGACUCUCACCUCCAGUCACAAACCCAAUCCCAGCUCCAGUCAUCACCAUCGCCAUGUGCAACUUCGAGCACGUGCAGCACUCGCAGUGCUGCGGCAAGCUGUCGACCCGGCUCCGGGCCGAGUGCACCGUCGGCGCGGCCAAGGGCGACCACAACAGGUGCCCGUUCCGCAAGGUCGAGGGCGUCCGCCGCAGCAGCGCCGCCGGCUUCCCCUGCGCCGCCUGCGCAGCCCGGGCCAGCGAGCUCGGCCGGAUGCGGGCGGCGCUGGCCGCCGCCGUGCAGCGCCUGCCCGCCAAGAAGCGGGUGGCGGCUACGGGCCACUCCAACCGGAGUAAGGCGAGGCAGCCAGCCGGCCAGCCACGCACGCAUAUACCCGCCUAUAUAUCUGCUUUGUUGUCUCAGUGCGCCACUCGGGAACGAGGGAUUCCUGCAGAUCGGGCGGAAGCGGGACGCGGGGAGAGGAUGCCAGUUGUAGGGCCAGUCAAGCAAGGGAGGACUGGCUCGCGCACACAUGGCAUUCCAGCGGCGCCAGCCAGCCAGCCAUCCUGCCCGCCAUCCUGCUCUCCGAGACAUGGGGACGUGGGUCGACGCGCGCGGGCCAGCGCCAUUCUCCGUCUCCCCGGACGGGGCCGAAGAAUUAGUGAGACUCGCGGGGCGAGGUUGGUAUAUAGGGAUAGAGGCAUAAUACAUAUUCUAUAUAUCUCUUGUGGGCUAGAAUAGAG